GCUUGUCGGCCAUUUGAUUGCGCAUGCGUAGUAACGACUACCGACACGUUUUCGUGAUGUUACAGUGUAUCUGGUUGGUAUGUCUGGUCUUGUUUGCGGGCUCACCGUCUGAUGCAGCAGAGAAUGACGCUCAUCUUCUUUCCUCUAAGGAAAUUCUCAAUCUCUUUAUUGUACAGGGUAAAGAUGUUACUGUACAAUACAAGAUUUACAACACCGGUGCAAGUUCUGCUUUGUUUGUGACUUUGACCGACGACUCUUUCCCUGCCGAUAAGUUUGAGUUUGUGAGGGGACAACACGCUGUUCGGUGGGACAGAAUAUCACCCGGAAGCAAUGUAAGCCACGUGAUUAUUGUGAGACCUUUGGAGGCUGGAAAUUUCAACUUCAGUAUGGCAAGAGUUGCAUACAAACCAGCAGAAGGCAGGGAGGAGAAAGUAAGCUUCACCAGCUCUCCUGGGGUUGGAAUGGUAGUGACGGGCCAAGCAUUUAAUCGUGAACAUUCUCCGCACAUUCUUGAUUGGGCAGCAUUUGCUGUGAUGGCAGCGCCAACAAUUGUUAUACCGUUUCUAAUUUGGCUUAGUAGUUAUUCUCGUUACAACGGUAAGAUGAAGAAAGCUUGAUCUCGACUGUAAGUUUAGGCCUCGAAUGUGAGAUUUCAUGACUCAAAUGAUCACGUGAUGAAACAGUGAAUAAAUCAUGUCACGUGACGGUAACUCACGUGAUGGUUAA